UCUGUCAUCGGGGAUCCAUUGGCCGCCCUGUCGUGUCGCCCCCGAUGAAAGGCGGCGAGGCGGGGGGCUGUUUGUGACUUUAUCAUGUUAUCUGUGCUGUCGGCGCGGAGGAGUGUUUAGGUGCGCUUGUUUUCCACACACUGACACGCCUGCUCUUGCCGGCACGCGGACACGCAGCGCACUUCGGCGGGUGGUUCACAAUGCUGCAGGUGGUUCCCGGUUGGCUCGUGUUAGUUGUCGCUCGUGCUUCUCGGGUCUGGUGGUGAUGGAGUCGCUGCGCGAGUACCACAUGUAUUUCCCCGCCGCCGCGACGUCGAGUCUCUCGGACCCGGCGAAGUGCGCGACCCUCCCGCGGCGAAAGCACGCCUACCUCGGCGAGACCGUCCAGCUGCUGCUGGUGCUGCGGUUCCGGGACGACCGCGCCGGCGCGUCGCCCUGGAGGGAGCUGGCGGGGUCCCUGUCCGCCCUGGCGAGUGCGUGCGUCGCCGAGAGCCGCGGAGAGCCGCCGGAGCCGGACAGCAGCAGCAGCAGCAGCGGCAGCGAAGAGGAGCCCGGCGAGGGGGAGUGUGGGACCGCAGACACCCGGGAUGCGAGAGCGGACUGCGACCGGGGCUUCGCUCGGUGCGACCCGCUUCUCAUUCACAACAGCUCGGCCUCUGGUGGGCGGGACCCGGUAGAGUCUGCUCUGGUGUUGGAUGACCAGGUUAUCUUCUACCUCACCGUCUCUUUGGACAAGCUGCCGGUCAACACACUCAAAGCCAAGAUCAUCGUGACUGUGUGGAAGGAGGAAGAGAAGGUGGAAGUGAUGGAACACGGCUACCUGACUCUUCUGCAGCUCAGGAGUCCGACACACACCUUCAGACAGGACCAAAGCACCUUCAAGAUACAGGUCAACUCCACCCUGAAUGUUCUUCCACCUCCCAUGGUCCAGUGUCAGCAGAUGACGGUAUCUGGAAAACACUUGACUGUUCUCAAAGUGGUGAACUGCAGCUCUCAGGAGGAGGUGUGUGUCAGAGACGUGAAGAUCCUUCCCAACUAUAACUCGUCCUUCCUUCCCAUGAUGCCAGAUGGUUCAGUACUCGUAGUUGACAAUGUCUGCCACCGAUCAGCUGAGGUCACCAUGGCUUCGUUCUAUCGGGUUGACAGUGAGUCGUCGCGGUUACCGAGCACGCUCAGUGCGCUGGAGGAACAGAACUUCCUGUUCCAGCUUCAGCUACAGAACACGGCAGAGGAGGACUCCAGUGAGGGUUUGGAAGUCCCAUUGGUGGCUGUGUUACAAUGGUACACUCCAGCACUUCCUCUCACAAGAUACAUCUGUAGUUGUUACCUGCUGCCCAGGAUCCGCUUGGCUCGCCCUCAGCUGGUGAUGACAGCUUCCUGUCCCAGUGCCGUCAGGCCUCUGGAGCACUUCUGGGUGAAAUACACGCUGCUGAACAACUUGCAGGACUUCAUGGCCGUCCGUCUGAUCUGGAAUUCUGAGGCUCACAGCCGCCCAUGUCGGCAGGACCCCCGGGCGGGAGCGGUGGUGUGCCGGUCUCCCCUCAACCACCUGGGACAGUGCAGGAAGGGCUCCACCAUCUCCUUCGCCGUGGCCUUCCAGAUCCUCGGGACGGGACUCUUUGAGUUGAGUCAGCACAUGAAACUGAAGCUGCAGUUCACAGCCUCUGUGUCCGCUCCUCCCGUGGGGCCUUGCUCACCACUAUCGCCCAGAGAGCUGCUAGAGACCAAGAGCCUGGGCCGGUCCCAGAGCUUCUCCCACCAACAGUCGUCCAGACCGCACCACGUCAGGUCAGGCAGUGUGAUGGAGAGUCGGGCUGUCGCGCCUCCUGUGGGACCUCCGACGGGCAGAGCCCUCCGCCCUCCGCCGGACCAUACCCUUAUUUCACUGGACAAAAUAGCCAAGAGAGAGUGUAAGGUGCUGGUGCUGGGAUCGCUCCGACAGGCCCACUGCAGAUGACGUGGAGGGGAACGCGGCACUGAGGACACCGACUACAACUGUUUAUCCGUUCUGUCCAUCCACCCUGAAGGAGGAGGAGGAGCAGAGAGGAGAAGUGGUGCUGACGUGGAGAGGAGAGAGGAGGCCGGAGACAGGAGAGAGGACAGUGGCGACGGGAUGCUGCAGUGCAGAGACGAUAACAAACAAACAAAAAGAGCCACAGUGGUUAUUCAUUUCACUGGAUUAGUCAAGUUUUUUUUUAGAUUAUUACUUCAUUUUUGGCACUUUUAAAAAAAAACUUCAAGCCUACAUUCCAUUCGCGUUAUUUUUUAUUACACUCCCUUGUCUGUUUGAUUUGUGUGACGCCUUCAGGAUGAACUGGAUCACUGAGUGGGACGGCCCUUCACAUUCGCAGUAUUUUGACUGUCCACAUACUUUUGGCCAUGUUGUGUACAUUUUGCUGACUGGGGAGCGACUCCCAAAGCCAGCUACAUAAGCUGUGAAAGUGAGAUAGUUUUGUUCAGCAUGAAAUCCCAACAUGUUCCUCUGUUGGGAUAUUGUAGUGAUAUUCUAAUUGAUAGAGCUAAGGUUCUGAAAAUGAAAAUGUAAUUGUCUGUGUUUUGUAACGGGACCACGGACGUGUCAUAGUGUGUACAGUUGGUGUCGGCAGCUUUCUGAAGUCUGUCUCCACGAAGAAGUGGUUUGCACUUGGACUGACAUUCAAGUCAUUUUUAAAAAAUAGGACAUAAUUUCAGCUUGGUUCAGCUUUAUAAUGUAGUCUUACACUGGCAGAUUUAUUCAACACGUGAUUGUCUUAGUGCUGCAUAUUUAUUAUGAAUGUUGGGUUCUUACUUGUCGAUGUACUCUCCUCAUUUUGUUGUCUGCAGCUGUGCAGCAUAUGAUACAUAAUGUGAACAAUAACUGCCAUGUACAAUGUAAGUGUGAAGUGGGGGGAAGUUUCUUUUUAACAUUUCUAAAAUCCUCAUUUGAAGAGUAAACUUGUCCAGUGAAUGUUUGUCAUGGACCAGUGAAGGCUUCCUCGGGCAGCUGAUUUGACCAAACUUUGCAGACGGCCUCCUUUCUUCUUCUUCUUCUUCUUCUUCAGUGGAUCUAAAGGACGCUGGUUUCAGACACUGAAGUCCUGAACUUCGCCGGAGGUUUUGUGACUGUGAACAAAAAGAUUUUCCCUGUUGGUGUGAAAUCAUCUGACUCAGACAAUCUUCUGCUGCGUUCGUCGUAUGUGGAAAGCAAAUCUGGGUCAGUGUGUGGACACAGUGCUCCUCACACUGCUCAGGUCAGGUUCUCUCUUCAACAUUAAAACGUUCCACAUCAAUGUUAUUAUAGAAUUAUUUUACAAAAAAACAAGACAUAUUUCACGUAGCUUAUUUUCCUGAAUGAAUAAAGAGAAAAUAUGUAUUAUCUGCGACAACUUUUAAA